GUAAAUAGAGGGGAAAAACAACAUGGAGAACGCAACUGCGAACAAUCGUGAAAGUAAAUCAUCAUCUGAGGAUUAUAGCCCCGAUACAUCUUCAACUGCAGUUCCACAGAUGAAAAGAAGUCACUCUGACACAGGGACUGAGUCCUCAUCAAGUUCAAAAGUCAAGAAGCGAUGUAAACAAGUCCAUUUUGCCGAACCGUCUGAAAGUUCUUCCUCGCAGGCAAACUCUGAUAGCCCACUGCUUCUACAAAAUGUCCCUAGCCUCACAUCUAGAUGGACGGAAGACGUACUGUCACGUUUUAAAAUUCAGGUGACACAGAAUUCUCCAGAUAUGCAUAACGUGUUUCUGCAAGGCUGUUUACAUUUCGUUCCCGACACACAGAAAUGUGCAGAAGUAAUGGAGUUAUUUAUGUCAAAAGAAGACAAUGUGUAUGAGUGCUAUAAACAGGUGCUUCAAAAUAUUUUUAGUUUGCACUGUGACGAUAUUUCAAUGGUUAAUUUAGAUGACAUCAAAGAAAUGGAAAGAGCUUUGGCAGACCCUGGGUGGAUUAAAGCUUUUACUGAUGGAUUCCAGAACAAGAAAAUUUGCAGAAGAACUCUGAAGGACAUAAGCAGGAAGCUUCAGCAGUUUGUAUGGCAGCUGAUUUAUAUGGUGAGAACACAUCACGGACAGGAAGGGGAAAAGGUGACGGAAGAGAUGUACCAGGAACUGUUUGUGCUGUUUGCCAAAACCUUUGGUCUGCAUAUUUUGUCUGGGGGUAAUGUAAACCAGUAUGGUCUGAUCGCCGGAGAAAGUGGGAGAUUUGUAACUAUACCAGACGCUGUGAUCGGUCAUCCAAUGACUGAGGAAGACCAAAUCUGUGCUGUAGUACAGGUGAGGGAAUGUCAUUCAAAUAACGGCAACCCAAUCCAAAGAAGUUCUAGUCCAGAUCAUGUUGGAGCAGAUCUACAGAGUAAACAUGUCGGACAGAAUCUCUGUGUUCUACCGUACUCAGUGUUUGGGGAAAGAGGAAUGUUUGGAAUAUUAGUUGAUGGAAUAAAAGUGACUAUUUCAGUGUUCAAAACCGACAGCUCAUACUAUCAAAAGUUGUGCAAUGGAUGUCUUCCAAAAAAUGAAGCAGCUGUAACAUUCAGCAAACAAUACAACCUAUUGCGAAAGGACGGAAGAACAGAGUGUAUCCAAACGUUUCUUCAUUUGAAGAAACUACUAGAGUAUUUAACUAACAAAUCAUUUCCUUGACUGUCGAACACAAAUAUUUUAUAAAUUCAUGCAGUGGUUGAGUUUUUCUCACCAAGCCUUUUGUAAUUCUUGUUGGCAAAGUAAAUAAAUAUUUGUGAUUCAAUUUGAUUGUUUCCUGUAAUAUUGUAAGGUCACCUUAAUGUAUAUAGUCAAUUAGAUGAAGUAUGUUACAAAUUUCUGUUUUAGUCUGAUGUCAUUUAAAUAUGUUCAGCUUAUUCUCACUGAAAUUACGGGGAUUAUCUAAUCCAAAUAUGUUGUUUAGCUUCUUAUUGGAGUACAUGUAGGAUCAUAGAUAGUGAUUUUAGGUGGAUUUACUUUAAGCACUUUUGUUGCUAAUGUAUGAAUUUUAUUUACCAUCUUCGACUAUUGUCACAUGUCAUUGAAUAAAGCUUAUUUUUAGCAGUGUAAUGUUCUUUCAAUUGCAUGCUAAAUAUUUCUUUAAUUAAAUUGCAUAAUUACACAAUUAUUGAAUAUAAUUGUUUUAGUGACGCUUAAACAGAAACAUUUAAUGUUCAAGUAAAAUGUUUGGCCUUUU